AUUGCGCAAAAUCGAAAGCAUGUGAUGGCAAAGCGGCAACAAGGCAAAUAAAAAUAUUAUUCAACUUUACUUCAGUUUGAGUGAAGCCGUCUUAGGUGGAAGUGCUACAAUGUCGAGCAAAUUUGAAGUUGGUGAUUUAGUGUGGGCUAAGAUGAAGGGAUACCCACCGUGGCCCGCUCAAGUCGUAAAUCCUCCUCCAAAGAAAGGAAGUAAGAAGAAUUGUCAGUGGAUCUACUUUUUCGGAUCCGAAAAUUAUGCUUGGAUCGAAGUUGAUCAAAUCAAAUCAUAUCAUGCAUAUAAAGAAAAGCUAUCGAUGGGUUCCAAGGCUGGUGGAUUCAAACAAGCAUUGGAAAAAAUCGAGGAAUUUAUUGAAAAGAAAAAGACUGAUCCAACUUAUGAAAUUGAAAUGCCAGCAAUAGUUGAAGAUAAGGAUGAUGAUGAAACACCAAAAAAGCCGAAAAAGGCUGUCAAAAGAAUGUCCAAAGAUGCUCCAUCCGGUAGUCCGAGUACGGUAGCUAAGAAACCAAGAAGAUCUUCCCCGAAAUUCGAAGAAAAUGGUUCUCUUAGCCUCAACGAGGAACUUGCGGAACUUCCGGCUUCGGCAGACUACAGUAAUAGGGACUCUUCCCCUCUGACGGACCUCAACAGUACCGCCGACACGUCCAAGGAAAAGGUUCAGACUCCUUCGAAUUUGGCGUUCGGCUUCAUGGGUCUUGGUGUCAUGGGUACCGGCAUUGUCAAAAAUCUCAUAAACUCGGGACACCGAGUCAAUUUGUGGAACAGAACCAUAGAAAAGUGUGAAGAGAUAAAGAAGAAAUAUCAGUCGAGGCUGGUCACGGUGUACGAUACACCCUGUGAAGUUGUACUCAAUUCAGAUGUUAUUUUCUCGUGCGUCUCCGAUUCCAGCGCAGCAGGAGAGAUUCUUUAUGGAAAUCUCGGAGUUCUCUCCUGCGACAAUGCCCUGGAAGGUAAAGGUUACGUUGAAAUGACUGGAAUAGAUCCGGAAACAUCGAUGGACUUUUGCAAAUCCAUCCAAACCAAAGGCGGCUUUUACCUGGAGGCCCAACUGCAAGGCAGCAAAAAAGAAGCCGAAGAAAGCAACCUCGUCAUACUGACUGCAGGUGAUCACAGUCUCUUCGAGAAAUGCCAGAGCUGCUUCAAAGCGAUGGGAAAAACCGCCUUCUACCUCGGUAACGUGGGAUACGCGGCCAAAAUGAACAUGGUGCUCAACAUGAUCAACAGCAUCGCGAUGGUGGGUCUGAGCGAGGCGUUCAGUCUAGCGGACAGAUCGGGCCUAUCGACAAAAAUCGUCUUAGAAAUAUUCAACGUAACAAAUAUGGCUAGUCCGUACCUGCAGCGGAAGGCGGAAAGGAUAGUUAGUCGCGAUUUUCAAAAUCCGGACCAUCCCCUUCAACACAUGCAGAAAGACAUAAAAUUAUGCCUAGAUUUAUCAAACACGAUCAAACAGCCCCUCCUGAUGGCGUCGACGACUAAUGAAAUACUUAAACAUGCGAGGCGUUUAGGAUACGAUGGACAGGAUUGUUCGUGUGUUUUUAUGAAAUCGAAAUUUUAAUGAAACUUUCUCUUUAGUUUUCUAACCUAAAAUUAGUUUUUAUAGAAUGAUUGAAUGAAAGAAUACCUGAACUUAUUCUUUUGGGAAGUUUUUGUAAUAUUGACGUUACAUAUUAAUUUUUACAUGGAUAAUAUUUUAAUUUGAAUUUUGUGUUAUUGAAAGAUGGAAAUAUGUUAAGCGUUAGCGAAGAGAAUGUUCAAUAUAUGUAAAAUAUUUCUUUAUAAGUUAAACAUAUACCUGUCCAUAGGUAGUUGUCAUUGUAAUUUUUGUGUUACACAUAGUUAUAAUAUUUUUUUAUCCAAUUCCAUACUUUUACCGAAUGCAUUUUAGUGAUUGGUAUUUCGAAAAAUUUUUGUAUGUACAGAAAUGUUUCACUUUAUACAGAGAUCAAAUCCUGGUUAAUCCGCUCCUUAUUGUAAUUUGAUACACUUCAGAUUUUUUUUCCAGAUAGAAUAAAUACAAAGUUAAAAAAAAAAUAUAAGAUAAA